UUGUUUGGCAUGCGUACUUUGCUCUGCCAGGGCAUAAACGAGUACAGCUUCGAUACACGUCGUUUGGCAAAAAGCGUAUCAGCCAGCGAUGAAAAAAAAUAAAUGAGGAAAAAAUUGUGCGAAGUGAGAACAUUGAGACGAAGUCCAUGCCAUUGUGUAAGACGAAAAAAAUUAACAAUUGUGUGUACAUCGUGCAAAACGGUUAGAUUCGAGUUGUCGUCGAAUCGGAACGUACCCUCAACGGAAGAUCCGGUAGAAAAUUGAAAGGGAAAAGCGAAUCAGGAAUCGGCGUGCGAGCCCCUUGGCUACAAUUGGAGCUCCACUCGGGACGUGUGGAACCGAUGCGAAUGCAUCACCAUCGCCAGGAAAAGCAGCAGGAGCAGGAGAAACAGAACUGGCCAACGGCAUCGAAACUACUAUGGCACCAGCGCUCACAGCCGAGCCAUUAAGUACCAAGGAGAAGCUAACCAGCGCAGCAUCGCCUUCGGUGGUGGUGAAGAAACCAGCGACACCAACGCCGGCAACGGCCACAACGCGUGUGACGCGCUCCUCCAAGGAGGCGGCCGCCUCAGCAGCAGCGGCAGCUGCCAAAGCUGCGGCUGUAGUCAUCCCGCAACGCGUUCCAUCGAGCAGAAUCAGCAACAACAAGCGUAAAUUAAGCGUCGGCAACAACAGCAGCAGCAACAAGCAACAAAAUAAUGAUCCAAUGGGCCUAAGCACAGCUCCUACCCCACACACAACAACAACAACGACCACUGGAUCGGGGGUCGCAGAAGCCGAAGCCGAAGCCGAAGCAGAAGCAGCAACAGGAGGAGGCGUACCACCCAUCGUUGACGCCGCUGUGGCAUCAACCAGUGCUACGGGGCUCCUUGAAAGUCAAUCGCCUGCUCUCCCACAAAGCGAUUCCCAAAGCACUGACGUGCCUUCUGUAACGCCUACCAUCGAGAACAACAACAACAACAACAACAAUAGUGGUCGUAGUCCAAGGAAGGACAAUUCCACGGUACAGCUGCUGGCAGGUCUGACCAGCAACUUUGAGGAGACGAUCUCGGCUGAGAUCUGUCUGCGCAAGACCCUACCCGAAGUGAGUCUCAGCAAGGAGCCAGCAGCACCAUCCGCUGUGGCAGAAACUGUAGUUGUAGCAGAAGUUGAAGCAGAGGUAGUAGUCGUAGGGGAAUCCACAACGGGUGAGCCACAAAUCGAUCUGCUUGAGCCGAUGGAAUUGGAGCAACCAGCGACGACGACGUCGGCGCCAUUAGAGGAGUUGCCAAAGAUCGAAACGGAUGAUAUAGAGGAGCGCCUCAGCCAGUUGGAUGGCAAUGCUAGUGCCAUUUUGCCUGCAGUGAAGGAGCAAGAGCCGGUGCAGGAGCAGGUGGAUGUGGAAAUGGUCGAUGUGGUGGAAAUGGUGGUUCCAACAACUCCCACAACGCCCAGCCGGCAACAGGUGCAACAGGAUCCAAGAUCCGAGUCAUUGCCCGGUAGCCUGGCCUCGCCGCUGCCGGGCCAGAGGCAAUCCACAGCAUUGAAUGCAUCACAGUUGACGCCUCAAAGUACUUCCAGUUCCACAAAUUUUCUCAAAGAUGCAGGAGGCGGCGAGGGGCUGGAGGACACCGACAUCGAGGAGGUCCUCAAGGCGCUCAAAACCUUUGAGGGCAAUCACGUCAUCAAUUCGGACAUUAAUCCGGACAUGUGUGAUUUCAAUUUCUUCAACGAGGUGUGGGAGGAGCAGCCAUCAGCGACAGCUACGGCCCCUCACCCAUCCGUAACUCCACAGUAUCCGAAUCCCAUUGGCGGCACCAUCGGCAGCAGCAGCAGCACCCCUCAUGUCCUACCAGCAGAAUCCAUGGCGGAGGAUCAAAAAUCAAUAGAGCAGCAGCAACAAAUUCUCACGCGAAAGAUCGACCAUCUGUUCCGGCGAAUGCGGAAGUUCCAGGCGCGCUAUAUGUGCAGCCACACCAGCGAGGAGGUGGCUGGGAUUAUGGAAUGGGCGGCACGCACCUCCCACAAGACCCCAAAUCCUGUGAGAAGUGAUACGCUCAGCGAGCAGGAGACCACCGUGCUGUCGAUCGUCUCCGGGCGACCGAAGCCCGACUUUUGGGAAGACCAAAAGAAGCAUCCCGUGCCAGCCACCCAGAUGGGCAGCCUCCUUCGUAGCAUCGAAACGGCUGCACGGCACCAGCAGAUCUGUCAUACGCCCAGCGGCAGUUCCGCCACAUUGGCCCCAUCCUCGACAUGGUACAACAGUGCCGGCAGCACUGCAGCAGUGCCUGCCAAGGUACGUCGUGGCAAGAACCUGCUGGAUACAUCAGCAGCCGCCACUUCAACAGCAGCAUCGUCGGCCGCGGCCAUCGAACAGAAAGCGCCCGGUUUGCAUGAGAUUAUACCCUGCUUUGACACACAUAUAACCAACGAGCUGACCCACGUCUCUGGGCUGCUGCACAAUGAGAUGCGGGAGAUACAGAACGCCCUCGAUUCGGAUGCAACAGAGUCCAGCUCUGGCGGCGAGUCUGCCGACGAGAUGGUCAUCUACAACAACACCCAUCAGAAGCCGCUGACGAUCGCCCGUCGAGCCGUGUGGACAUACUCCAAAGAUCGAGCCAAUAUUGCACUGCGCUGGUCCUGGCUCUGCUCACAGAUGGCCGAAUUGGAGGGCAGGAAACGCCAGUAUCGUGAUCUGUAUAUGGAUUUGAAUCACUCAAAGGGCGCCGUGGAGCUGGAGCAGAUGCAGGUGCAGCAGCCGGCGAAUGGCUACAAGGAGGAGCCAUCCAGCGAAUAUCAAUGCUGCCGCGCCCGACCCCUGAUGCUGUCCAAGUUUCGGAAACGCAGUCUGUUCCAAACCACGGGCAUUCACACGAUUUCCAAGAAGGCCGCUCGCCCCAGCAACAUCAAAUGCGGCUGCCAGUGGCCACAGAUACCGUGUGCCCUGUGCACGGGCCGACCAGAUCCGACAGCGCCGCGCGAAUUGGCCGAAAUGAUGAUGCCGGCAAAUCGAGUGGCGCUCCUCGAUCCGGGCUAUCAUCCAGUGCUCAGCUUUGACACGGAUGUCACACAAUCUGUGCAUUUUGAGGCCAUUUGCCGGCAAUCGGACUGGCAGCAACGUAUGUCGCGCUGCCAGGCCAAGACCGUUGUCAAAGGUGUCUAUAAGGCGGAACGCGAGGCCAUUGCUGCCAGCAAUAGUGCUGCUCGUCGUCCCGGCGACCUGAUCAAGCGUCGCUACAUACGACGCAAAGAGCGCAACAACAAUAAUAAUAAUUCAAACUCAAAUAAAGAUGCAGCGGCAGCCGGCACGGCAGCGACGGGUCUAGGGGACAGCGGAAAUGGUACAGCAACUUCUACUUCUUCUACGCCUUCUACAACGCCACUUGUGGCCAACACAGCUGCGAGCAGGAAGCAGCAGCAGGCGCAUCAGCCACCAACUGGAGUGAACGGCUCCAGAUUGCCGUGGCCCGACUCUCGCCAACGCCAACGACAGCGCCUCCACAGUCCCUCCUCAGCAUCUCAGAUCUCGAACAGCGACGCUAAGCGGCGACGCAUAUCCAAAAACAACAGAAACAGCAGCAACAGCAACAGCAAUUCCAACACACUAAAUAACAGCCAUCUGAAUGGGUAUAGCGAUCAAAGCGGUGGAGGUGGAGGUGCAGGUGGAGAUGUGAGAAGCGGUAGUCGUAGUCGUCAUGCCUCGCCCACGCAAAAUCAACGUUCGGAGAGAACAACAGAGCGUCGUCAUCGUCCCGUUUAUGAUAUUGAUAAUAUUGUUAUACCCUAUAGUAUUGCGGCCCAAACGAAAGUGGAGAUACUGCCCUACAAAGAGAUACCCACACCCAAAUGGCGCGUUGUCGACAGCGAGACUGAUAAGAACACACCAGUACAACCAGCAGCAUCAUCAUCUGAUGAUUCAGCAGCAACACCAGCACCACCAGCAGCAACACCAGCAGCAACACCAACAACACCACAGAUCAAAGCCGGUGGCAAUGGCAUUGUGCCAGCGGCAGCAGCAGCGUUAAAUGAGCAAAAGCCGCAGCCACAACCACAACCACAGCCAGUGCUGCUGCCUGGGCAACCUUUGAAGGUGAAUGGCUUGAAGAAGUUACAGCAGAAGACCAAGCACAAAAUAAACAAUAAUAACAACAAUGGACUGGUGAAUGGUAAUGCCAAGAAGGAGAAGGAUGUUCUCCAGCAGGCAGAGGCUAGUGAGAAGAAGGAUAUUCCCCCAAAGGAGCUGGAGAGCGCGAAGGAGGCUGUCGUCCAGGGGCUGGCUGUGCAGACGGAGGCUAAUGAUAAGAAUGAUAUCCUGUCAGCUGUCGGCUUGGAGAACGAUGCCCAGUCAUCGUCAGCCGCUGAUAAAAAAGAUAUCCAGUCCUCAGAUGCUGAGAAAAAAGUUAUCUCUUUACCAGCCAGCGACCAAAAGGACAUCCAGUCGAAAGCCAGCGAUCAAAAGGACAUCCAGUCCACAGCCAGCGAUCAAAAGGACAUCCAGUCCACAGCCAACGAUACGAAGGACAUCCUCCCAUCAGCAGCCAGCAGAAAAAAGGCUUCCAGGGCCAAGAAAAAGGGUCUCAAAAGAAAGAAGCAUAGGCCCAAUGGGAAAAUCGAAAAGGCAACAGCAGCUACAACAAAAGAAGCUGCCGUUGCCGCUGCCGCUGCCCCUUCCGCUUCCGCUUCCGUUGAUGCUGCUGCAAUAAAAGGCGAAACUAAAAGCAAACCCCAUUUGAUUGAAGGUGUCCGCAUCGCCACGGUGGAGCCAAUGGCCAAGCGGCCCAAACUACAGCUGGCCAAGGCCGGAGAGGGCGACAAACCCAAGACGAAUGCCGGCCAAGCAAUAGCGCCUAUCGUACAACUGGAUCCGGAGGAGGACGAGGAAGAUGAGGACACCUCCGACGAGGCGUACAUUGUGCGACAUCAGCUUGCCCUGAUCGAGGAGCGGCAACGCUUCGAGACUUAUCUCAAGUUUCCGUGGAGCACGCGACCCCGAGCCAAUCGCCGGAUAGACAGUCGCGCCGAAUCGAGCGGCGCCAAUACGCCGGAUUCGGCCUCGCCAGCUCCACAUCUGGCUGGUGGUGCGGGAGCGGGCGAUAACGAGAGCAUACCCUCGCCGUUGGCCCAUCCACUGGAGGGUUUCAACGAGAACGGCGAAAUGUUGGGGGCGACGUCACGACCGCAGUCACGCCGCAGAACCACGUCCAGCAAGCUUAAGGAUCAGGCGGAACGCCGCAGUGCCACGCCGGACAUAAAAGAUACUUUUGUGGAGCCAUCACCCUUCGAGCCGCUGAUCUUUCCUCUGUCCGAGGAGGUCUACCAGAAGAUGCUGGCCGAGCGCUAUGCCCCGCCCAAGUAUGAGGUGCUGAAGCCGGAGGUGAAGCGCACCAAGAGCAAGUCCACAUCCUCCAAUGGUGAUGGGGGAUCAACGGGUGCUGGGAAGAGCAAACGACGCAGGAGCAGCAAGUCGAAGAGCAAGCUAGUCAAUGGUCAGCAAAAUGGCCAUCCAACGGCGGAUGCUGCUGGGAAGGCGGCGUCAGCAUCCAGAGCGGGCAAGGCAAAGAUCAAUGGCGGUGGCGGCCUUGAGGAGGAGUUGGAGGGGGAAAUGGACGAUGGCGUGGACUACGACCCAGAGCCGGAGGAUAUUCUGUGGGAGGAGCUGGAAGAGGACUAUCCCAAGCAUCAUUUGGCACCGCUCGAUGAUGACGAAAUGCUUAAUGGCCCUGACGAUCUCUACAACUCUGCGAUCGAUUCUUAUUUGGAUGAUCCGGAGGCCCUAGAGGAGGACAUGGGCGAUGAUCCGUUUGGCGACGAUGACCCCAAUGAUCCGGAAUGGAAGACCCGCAGCGAUGGAUCGCGCAAGCGUCUCUAAAAAAUCCAACCCAAAAUCCAAAGCAAAUAACUUUUCAUUCUCCAUAUUUAAAAGCAAAAGAAGAUAUUUUAUCAAUUUUAAACAGAACCCACACACACAAUCCACACCCACACACACACCCACAGAUGAGAUGACAUGGAGCUAUCGAGUAUUUUAAUUUGUUUUAAAAUAUGUUUUUUGUUGGUUUUGCCGAGUUUGUUGUCGUCCCCGCUGGGCUGAUGACCGACAGCAAAGCAAGGCGUACUCUACUCUUAAACAGUCUUCUAAGUUAUUUAGUUCUACGACAGACACGACACAACACACACACCCACACACACACACAAAAUAUGCGCCGAGAUGAUGGAAGAGAAGAAAAGGAAACAAAACAAAACUCGUAAAUAGAGAGAAUACACAUGUAAAUAAAAAGCAACAAAAUUAUAGCGAUUAAGCGGAUUAAUUCUAAAGAAAGUAAAAACAAGAAAAAACAAACUGUAAACUAUAAUGUAUAAUGUAAUCGAUAAUAAUAGAGGUACGUUGCGAAUGCGACUUUUUUCGGCGAUGAAGAAUCGAACACACCCACCACUCUGGCACUCUCCAAAUGCAACACUGUCUUGUGUAUGUGUGGUGGUGAGUGCGUUCGGUUUUUUGGAGCGCACCAGCAGCCACCCACCACUUGGGCUACAAGCCAAAGUGCGUUCAAGAAUAAACGAUUUAAGCUAAUCUACAUAUAAACAAAUACACUUAUAAAUAUAUA